UCAUGGAAGGGCACGUUUAUAUCUCAACCUUUUACAACAACAGAAAGAGGUUAACAGAGAAUGAGCGGGUUGAGUCAACCCGAAAAUUCACUGAUCAAGCUUUAGCAGAGUUGAUAGCAUCUCCAGCUUUCAGUGCCUGGUUUAUUGCGAAUGCGGACCGGAUACGAGUUGAUCCACAUGAACCAGCCAAGAAUGUCAACAAGUUAAGAGCAUUAAAGGAGCUUUCUUCUAUGGCCAUGGCCUAUUGGAGGAGAGUCAUAAAUCUAAGUAUGAGCAAAACAAAUACUUUGAUUGGAAUAAUUACAGAUCAUGCGAUUUGGUCUGGAGGGUAAAACCAGUACAACAUGCUUGACAUUCUAAUCCAGUAUGACCUUAAUCUCACUGCAGAAGUCUCCAGAUUCUAAAAAUACUCUCAAACUUCUUAUCUACUCUACACUUGAUGCUCUACCACUCCCUUUGAAGAUGGGUUCAUGGGUUGAGGCGAUUCUUGUAUUUUAUGAUUAGUGUACAGGUUUUUGUUCUAAUUUGUAUCUGCAUAAGUCAUCAUUUUGGGUUGAAUAGAGGGAAAUAGUUCAGCAUUUACUUGCUCAAUUUUAUUUAGUUGUUGGUUAUGUUGGUCUAGGUGUGUGACAGAGAUUCUUCUGUACAAUGUGAUCAAAUGCACCAAGAACCACCCACACAACCACCUGUAUCUUCCGCGACCACUAUGUUCACAACUUAGUUGCCGUCUGUCACCGUCUAUUGUUGAACACCUCCAUUGUUUACAAUCUUGCUGCUCAUGCAUCUGCACCACAUAAGGUUGACGAGAUGAUGUAACUGUCUGGGAAAAGGUUGGGUUUUGAAGGAAGGGGAAUGACACUGAGAAUGUGUUUCUGGGUUUGGGAAUGUAUAUAUUAUUAUUGGAAUGGCAGAGCUAGAGAUGCAUUUUUGAGUUGUAUUUUGGAGGGGAAAGGAAACCACACAUUUCAAUAUGUAGUGUAUAUUGUAAUUGUGUAAGCUGUGUGUUUGAGAUCCACGGCCUUGAUAUAUAUUUUCUUAACCAAAGCAAAAUAAAUAAAAUUUAGAUUUAAA